AUGGGAGCUACUGUUACUCUGAUGUCAGAGAGUUUAUACAAGAGGUUACCAAUGUCUGUGAGACCUAACUUGCAUACGGUAACUCAGAACAUAAUGACAGCCAAUAGUACGGCAUUAUCUGUCCAUAGAAAGCCAGAGUUUAAUGUUUACAUUGAUCAGAUGACACACUACAGUGAGGCAAUAGUUGCAAAACUGAAGAUAGAUGGCAUCUUAGGCCUAGACUUCAUGAAGGCACACCAUUGUUUGGUUGAUGUUGGCAUAGAGGUACUUGUUGUAAAUGGACGAGAGAAAAGACUCUCCACAGAAGGCUUUCUUGGUUGCUACAGAAUUACGGCUGUUAAGACAGUAAGCAUACCACCAAGAAGCGAAGUCAUUGUACCUGGCAAGAUAUGUGUGGCAGAAGGUUCUACCUUACCCACACGUGAAAGUAUUGUUGAGCCUCUGUACAACAAAAGUCGAAACGAAUGUGCACUGACUGCAAGAACAGUUGUCAGUCCUAGAGAAACUGUCCCAGUAAGGCUGAUGAAUACGGAGGAAGAUGUCAAAAUCGUGCAUUCAGGAACUGUCAUAGGACAACUGUCUGAGGUUGAUAAAGUCGAAGCUUCUUCGCCAAAGGGAAGGUCCCGGUUACCAAAUGUGCUACGGGCCGAUUUAGCUGAAUUGUUGAAGAAGUCAGAGGAAAACUUUACUCUGCUACAGAAAGAGAAGGCAAGAUACUUCCUUUUGAAGUAUACAUCUUUGUUUGCAGAAAAAAACUUGGACUUAGGCAGAACAGAUGUUGUGAAGCAUCGCAUUAAUACAGGAGACAGUCGACCUAUCAAGCAUCAGCCUAGAAUACCAACACAGAAGAGGUGA